AUGCCAACCAUCGGCAUCUUCCCCGCCUCAGGCGGCCUCGGCGGCAGCACUUACACCCAUCUCCUCAACAAGGUGUCCCCCUCCAACACCGUCCUCAUCAGCCGCCAUCCAGACAAGACGCCCCAAAUUUACAAAGACCAGGGCGUCCAGCUCCGUCAGGCUUCUUACGAGGCAUCGCCCACCGAGCUCGAAGCCGCCUUCAAAGACAUCGACGUCCUGUUCCUCAUAUCCUACCCCAGCCAUGUCCACGAAUAUCGCACAUCACUGCAGAUUCCGGCCCUGGAUGCUGCCCACAGAGCAGGCGUCAAGCACAUCUUCUACUCGUCCCUCGCCUUUGCCCUGCCGGACAAGGACUCCACGCUGGCAGAGGUCAUGGGCGCCCACCUCGACUCGGAGGCACAUCUGCGCAAACUAGCUGCCAAGGAUCCUGGCUUCUCCUGGACUUCCAUCCGUGAGGGCCUCUACCAUGAGUCGUUCCCCAUUUAUACCGCCUUCUUGGAUCUCAACGACCCGACGACCACUGAGAUUCGUAUUCCCCACGAUGGCUCCGGGCCUGGUAUAAGCUGGGCCAAGCGAGAUGAGCUGGGCGAAGCCUCGGCAAAUCUUAUUGCUCAGUACGCUCAGAAUCCAGGCGCUUUCUCUUGGAAGAACAGGCUUGUAGCCCUGACCGGGCCUCGUGAAUGGUCUCUUGCCGAUACCGUCAAACUCCUCUCCACGGUGGCUGGGAGAGAUUUACAAAUUCAAGAGGUUACUGUGGAUGAGUAUGCCACGCAGCCGCAAGUAACUGCAAAAUUUGGCAGCAGUCCUCUUGCGCAGACUUGGGCAACUGCGUGGGAUGCCAUUCGUGCUGGAGAGACAUCGUAUGUAUCGUCUUCUUUGGAGCAGUUGCUGGGGCGUCGACCAGAGGAAUUUGAUGUUACUAUCGAGAAUCUCUAUAAAGGAGGUAAACAAUGA